AUGAUAACGAAGGCAGUAGAAGCUAGUGGAACAGUUACUAUUACAACUGUAACCCAGCAACUAUUUCGAACAAAGAUGGAUUUUAAUGAAUGUUUCAUUCAUCCAAAGUCAUUCUCUUUAGACCCUAACAUUUAUACAGAACUUGUAGAACAUUAUACAAACGAGGCUUUAUGUUUUCCUGUUAAAGUUAUGGAUUGGAUUCCUAUGGACGGUUCAUUCUCAAAGAAUACAGAUAGUUCAAGUGCAACAUUUACAGCAGCUUAUACGCCUAUUAAUGUUAAAAGUAUUUGGGCACUAUUUAGAAAGAAAGACAACUAUUAUGUUAAUUUUGAGAACCCUAAGUUUAAAUAUCUUCAGCUUUCCAUGGGAGCUUAUGGAAAUAUACCUGCAGAACCUGAAAAAUCAUAUGGACCUGUAUUUUAUGAAAUGGUUGCGAACGCUUGCAAUACAAACAAUGAUAUGAUAGGAUUUAAUGAAGAUGUUAUGAGGUCAUUGGUGGAUGAUGGUAGUGUGGAACAUAAAUGGGAUAGCUAUGACAACACACAUUUCUUAUGUGGUUUUCCAACAGAAGUGGACUUUUGCUUCCAGCAAGGUCAAACAUCUACUGCUCCAAUAACAUACAAAUUGUCUGUUAAAGGACCUAUUGAACUAGCAACUGAAAAUGUACCAAAGCCACUUAUUGGAUUUAUGAGGGAUUGUUGCUUUGCCAUUCAGGUGCGUGCUAAUGGCAUCCCCAUAAUAAGAUUAGAUGACUAUAACUUAGCUACGGACGACAGUGAGGAAUAA